CUCCCGCUGACUGAUUGUCAUGCGUGUGACGCAAGUGAUUCUACCUAGAGUAGAAUUAGCGCCGACGCUGCGCGCGCACACACGCCCCACUCCUACAGACGGCUUUUCAGCGUGAACAAGCAGCUCAUCUCGCACAGAAGCGCCGCGAAGAAAGAAGACGUCACAAGACUGAUAGGGAAAUGUCUGACUCCUCGACUUUUCCUCUCUUUUAUUAGUCUUAUUCAUUUUAUAAUCAUAUUUUCUCAGAUUUUGACCUGCACACUUUGCGUCUGAGUGAGGUUUGGUCCGAAUGAACAGUCAUGGGAGAAUGGACCAUAUUGGAGCGUCUCUUGGAGGCGGCUGUCCAGCAACACUCCACUAUGAUAGGACGGAUCCUGCUGACAGUGGUGGUGAUUUUCCGCAUUCUGAUCGUGGCGAUAGUGGGAGAAACGGUGUACAAUGACGAGCAGUCCAUGUUCGUAUGUAACACUCUGCAGCCCGGCUGUAACCAGGCGUGUUACGACAAAGCCUUCCCCAUCUCCCACAUCAGGUACUGGGUGUUCCAGAUCAUCAUGGUCUGCUGCCCCAGCCUUUGCUUCAUCACCUACUCUGUCCACCAGUCUGCCAAGCAGAAGGAGCGACGCUACUCUACAGUCUACCUCUCCCUGGACAAGGAACAGGACUCAAUGAAGCGAGAGGACAGCAAGAAGAUCAAGAACACCAUUGUUAACGGAGUACUGCAGAACACAGAGAACUCCAAUAAGGAGGCGGAGCCUGAUUGCCUCGAGACCAAGGACAUUUCCAACUCAGUCCUGCGAACUACAAAGUCCAAAAUGAGGAGACAGGAAGGCAUAUCCAGGUUCUACAUCAUCCAGGUGGUGUUCAGAAACGCACUGGAGAUCGGCUUCCUGGUGGGUCAGUAUUUCCUGUAUGGAUUCAAUGUUCCUGCCGUGUACGAGUGCGAUCGGUACCCUUGCAUCAAAGAUGUGGAGUGCUAUGUUUCCAGGCCCACGGAGAAGACGGUGUUCUUGGUCUUCAUGUUCGCAGUCAGCGGCAUUUGCGUGGUGCUCAACUUAGCAGAGCUCAACCAUCUGGGCUGGAGGAAGAUCAAGGCUGCUGUUCGAGGCGUGCGAGCAAGGAGGAAGUCCAUUCAGGAGAUCCGCAACAGAGACUUGCCCAGGAUGAGUAUGCCCAACUUUGGACGCACUCAAUCCAGUGACUCCGCAUACGUGUAAAUGUUUGGAACACAUAUGGAGAUACUCUACGCUCAAACUACUCCUACAAAGUCUUCAUCUAUCGACACAAUCCUCCCUCGGGGGCGUGUUUCACCUUUGUUGGACAUUUCCAUGACAUGUCUUAUCAGCGUUCGUGAGAGAUGGAUGUACGCGUACACCCUUCUUCUUUUUUUCUUUUAUGACACAAGAAACUGACUGGCUUGUUUAAAAAAGGAGGUUCCACUGAUGAAGCUUGUCAUCAUUAAGUGCAUCUUAAAGGUAUUCCCGAAUGGGUGUCCAAAGUGCCAAUUUUGGCCCACAGCUCGUUUUUUAUUGGACCUCAGUUUAUGCUAAAAUUGUAAUUAUUAAUGAAAUGACAUUUUUGUAUAAUGUAUAGAGAUGACGCGUAUACUAGAUGUGACUUUAGGGACACCCUAAAUGACACUUAUUAAGAUGUGGAUGUUUUGUUCACAUGGUUUAGCAUGAACUGUAUUGACCUACAGUACAUUGGAUCGCUUUUAGCGUAUUUAAUGGACAAAAUGUAUCAAAUUGGCCUCCGAAUCCUAUAAUAUUUAUGUAAGCGGUCCUCGCUGGAGAAAGUUUGGACACCCCUUUAUGAUGGUGGCAUCUACUCAGAAGCCAAAUGAACAUCCAGUAUGUGUCCACUCUAAUAUCCUAAUAUUCAAGUGGUCCAAUAUCAUCCAGCUGAAUGAGGAGUAAGAUUAAUAAUGUAGAAGAAUGAUGAAUACAGUUUCUUCAGCCACUUCCAUGUUUGGGAUGCCUGUGCGUGCACCACCGACCUUAAACUGAUGAUUCAUCACACCUAAGCGCCCUUUUGAUUGAUUUAUUUAAUAUUAUAAGUGCCAUAUGUACUUUGUAUAUACUCGUAUAGCCCAUCCAACCUCUAUCUUAAGAAACGUAAGGUACACACGACACUGUGUUUGUCAGCAGGUGUUUUUCGUGGGGAACAGACCAGAUGAUGUCUUUUGUUUGGGUCAACACGAUGUCACUUUAAACAGUUAUCUGCAAAUAAAAAGAAGCCAUAUCAACAAACACAGGGUGCUUGAUUUUCACAUGGAAAGACCAGACUGCAGCUUUUAAAUGACGUUGACAAAUAUAGUCUGAUAUGUCAGUACAUGUACAAUAAAGUAUUUGAUCCCCUACUAAUUUUUAAAUGUACCCCCUUGCAAAGAUAUGUCUGCUACAAUUGUAACAGACAGAAUGUAAACCCAUCCAUCCAUUUUCUAUAACGCUUAUCCUAAUUAGGGUAUGCUGGAGCCUAUCCCAGCUGCCUGAAGAGGCGGGGUACACCCUGGACUGGUCGCCAGCCAAUCGCAGGGCACAUAUAGACAAACAACCAUUCACACUCACAUUCAUACCUAUGGACAAUUUAGAGUCUCCAAUUAACCUAACAUGCAUGUUUUUGGAAUGUGGGAGGAAACCGGAGUACCCGGAGAAAACCCACGUGCAUGGCGAACGUGCAAACUCCACACAGAGAUGCCCACCGGAGAUUCGAACCCAGGAUUUCCCAAUCUCCUGACUGUGUGGCCAACAUGUUAACCACUAGGCCACCAUGUGGCCAGAAUGUAAACAAAUACAGAAAAUAACAUGAAAUAAAGUUGAUAAAUUAAUUCGUAUUAGAUCAAGGUAAAUAAGUAUACUGGAACCUUGGUUAGCGUCAUUAAUCCAGAAGGUGAUGAAUGAAUGAAUUUUUCCCAUAAAAAAAAUGUAAAUCCAAUUACUGUGUUCCAGAAAGCUAAAAAUGUUUGCACAAAACAUGUUUUUGUGGUUUUACAAUUAUAGUUUUGCAUGCAGAAAACAAUUAAAAAUGCAUAUAAAUGAUGAAUGAAAGGGAUAAAUGAACAUUUAAGGUUUUUUUUACCUUCAUUGAAGAAGGGAUUGUUGCCAAGACACGAUGUGGCAGCGAGAUCAACACGGACACCACCUUGGUGUUUUGCUAUGAGUUAUAAGCCAACAUGGGGCCAAAAAAGUUGAAAGUGGCAGUAUUUUUAUAAAGAAUGCGAAAAACACAUUCACAAUUCAACAAGUAACAAGUAACUCAUGGCAAAACAGGAAGGUGGUGUCUGUGUUGAUCUCGCUGCUCUAUUGUGUCUUUGGCAUCACAUCUUCAAUGAAGGUAAAAGUGACCUUAAACAGAGCUGACUCCAGCUUCCUUUCAUUCAUUCAUUUUCUAUGCCACUUAAUACUCAUUCAGGUCACGGGGGUAUGCAGGAGCCUAUCCUAGCUGACGUUGUGGCUCAGACGGUGUACAACCUGGACUGGUCACCAGGGCACAUGUCGACAAACAACCUUUCACACUCACACCUAUUGACAAUUUAGAGUCGGCAAUUAACCUAACAUGCAUCUUUUUGGAAUGUAGGAAUGUUGGAAUGUAGGAGGAAGCUGGAGUACUCGGAGAAAACCCACUCACGCACAGGGAAAACAUGCAAACUCCACACAGAGAUGUCCAACGGAGAUUCGAACCCAGAUCUUCCAAAUCUCCUGACUGUGUGGCCAACAUGCUAACCACUUGACCUCCAUGCGUGCGGCCCGGCAUCCGCUUCCUGUUUCCAUGUAUCAGCAACCGAAUAGGAUGCUAACAAGGACGUUUUGUCAUAAAAAUACAUUAAGACGGCCGCACUGUAUUAAUAACACCACAGGACGGGUGCCAUAUUGUACGCUAACCGGAAAAAUGUAUGUAAACCGAGGCAAAAGUUUGAUGUCAAUUUUUAAUUUAAUUUUUAACCAGAAAAAACAUGCUAACUGGGGAGUACGCCAACCAAGGUUGCACUGUAUCAAUAAUGUAACAGCAAACAAUAACAAAAUGAGCACAGAUAUUUGUGAAAAACAGAAAAUAACUGAAAAACACCAAUCUCAUCACAAUGGCAUCGGUCCAAUACUGACACUGCCGUUGGUAUCGAUACUCUAGAUCCUGUAUUUGGAUGCUUGAUACUGUUGCCUGUGCGUUAUGGAUUUUGACUGUCCAUCUCCAAAGGCUGUGACCACAUUUAUCUCAGUAUGAGAUAAGCAUGUUUAAAGCUAUGUUGUUGUGUGAGAGUGUGUUGUUGUUGUUGCUGCUGCGGUGUGUUUCCUCUAACCAGCCAGAGCCAUUAAGAGUGUCUUCCGAUACGCAAGUUCUAAUCAUGAAUAUUCAUACCUGACAGCGACUUACACUCAGGAUGAGCCACCACAGUCAAGGACUGUCAAGGACUGCGGUGGCUGAUGGCUGCUUGACGUUGGUCACGGUUGUGGUAAAAAGAAGGGAUAAUGGUCAAGAUAACAGAAAGCAAACACUGAGAAUGACAAUGAACACUGCAGCUAGAAAUGGAGGCUUUGACCCAAAUAAUCUGAGGACUGUACAGCCCAACUCAGGCCCAAUACCAGGGGUUCCGACCGUGAGGGGAUGACAAAUAAACAAAUAACCUCAAUCAUUACCUGAAAGUUCCAAAAUGAAAUUAUUGAUAGUAGCUAUCAACGAACCAUCUAACGCUGUCUGGCCAUCUGUUUGGGACCUCAAUCUGAAACCAACUUGGGUUCUGCAGCAGGACAAUGAUCCAAAACACACCAGCAAGUCCACCUGGUGGCAAAAGA